AUGGAGGCUGCCCAGCACAAGGUGCGCACGCCCCAAGAGGCUGUCGCCAGAAUCGCAUACCUCGCCUCCGACGUCGUCGUCUCUGUCCAACCAUCUCUCGCCACCGACUCGGAAUUCUCCUCUCAUCUCAAGCGAUAUGCUGCCCGCAAGGACCGCAGCCUCGUCGCUGCCACCGCUGCCGCUGUCCCGCAUAUCCUCUCUGUUCGCCACAAUGCUGACCCUCUGCUCUCCGUCUUCACACCGAUCCGCUCCGGGAAGCUCGUCUCCGUCACCACACCCUCCUCCGUCCUCUUGCCUGCCGUCUCUCACCUCUACAAGCUGGCCAAUUAUCCCGUAGUCCUCCACGUCGCCCUUCAGCCCCGCAACUUUGCCGACUACUCUGUCAUCACCGCCAUCCGCAAUACUGGGUGGACUUUUGUCCAGUCCGAGACUCUCCAAGAGGCCCAGGACAUGGCCGUCACCGCCCACGCUCUAGCCGUGCGCACUGGCAAGGGCGUCAUCCACUUCUUUGCCCCAGAAACGUCCGCCAAGGACGAGCCCGUUUCCGUUGAGGACCCCGCCGUCGUUGGCAACAUCAUUGAUCUCGAUAGCGUCCGCCGCUUCCAGUCCGGCUCUAUCGCUGCCACCGGCUUAUACGCCGACGACGGUCACGUCGCGGUCUCCUCCGACCACCCAGAGGUCGCCGCUCCCGACGGCGCCACCAACCUGCGCCCGCCUCCGAGCGCCGUCGCCUCCAAGCUGACGUCGGCCGGUACUUCGGUCAAGUCUAGCCAGGCUAGUGAGACUGGCACUCCCGGCGCGCCCUCCUCCGUCGCCACCACGGUCGAGUCGGCCCCACCACCCGUCACCUCGGAGGAUAUUUACACAUGCGCAACUCGCAUCUGGGCUAGCCUUCACUCCGCUGUCGGCCGUCAGUAUAACGCUUUUGAAUACACCGGUCCGAACAAUGCGCAAAACUGCCUCUUCAUCUUUGGCUCCGAUACCGGCACUUUUGCCCAGGUUAUCGACGAUGCUAAGCCGGACGAGAUCUUUGCCAACACCGGCAUUGUCACUCCUCGCCUCUACCGACCCUGGCUCGGCUCCAAGCUGGUUGACGCUCUCCCCAAGUCCAUCAAGCGCAUCGCGGUCCUCGAGCAGAUUCACCGUAAGACCACAAAAUGGGGCCCUCUGCUGAUUGACGUCGUCUCCUCCAUCAAGAGCGGCCCUGGUGGCGUCGAGACCAUUGUUGGCCACCAGCUCGGCUACAUUGCUGCCGAGGCCGUCGAUCAGGCUCUUCGUGGCAUUCUCCAGAACCUCACCUCCGAGGUCCCUCUCCAGAACCUCGAGGUUGGCGUCCGUGACGCUCCCGCUGAGCGCAGCGACUAUGUCCUCGCCAUGCCUACCCUCGAGACCGCUUACAACAAGAUCCUGGACCAGCUCUUCGGCAAACGCACCUACAUUGCCAAUGCCCUCCGUUCACAAAACACCGGCAUUUCUUCCACUGUUUCUGCCACGCCCGAGUUUGGCUUCGGUUCACUCAUUGCCCGAAAGGACCUGCGCAAAGACUUUGUUAGCGAAGUCAAGGAAGCCGCCAAGAGCAACGCCUUCAUCACGGACGGCCCCAAGAACUGGCUCGCCAAGUGGGCUGUUGCUUCAGACGACCUAUUCAAGUCUACUGAGAUUGCUGACGACGUUAUCUCUCGCCUCCAGACCGACGGCUCGCCCAUCGCCCAGAAACUCCUCAAGAAGCAAGGCCUCUUCCGCAAGGAGUCCCUUUGGCUCGUAGGCUCGGAUGCCUGGUCCUACGACCUUGGCAACUCUGGUGUGCACCAUGUCCUCGCCUCUGGUGAGAACGUCAACAUGCUCAUCAUCGACUCUACUCCCUACUCCGAAAAGUCCAAUGCCGACGCCAACCGCAGAAAGAAGGACAUCGGUCUAUACGCCAUGAACUUUGGCAACGUCUACGUCGCUUCGACUGCUGUCUACAGCUCUUACACCCAGGUCCUCCAGGCCAUGCUCGAGGCUGACAAGUUUGACGGUCCCUCCGUUGUUCUAGCGUACUUGCCCUACUUUGGCGAGUCUGACUCCCCCCUUACCGUCCUACAGGAGACUAAGAAGGCUGUCGACGCCGGAUACUGGCCUCUGUAUCGAUGGAACCCUGAAAACGAGAAGAAGGGCGAGCCCAACUUCUCUCUCGACUCGGAGCUCAUUAAGAAGGAGCUCAAGACCUUCCUAGCUCGCGAUAACCAGCUCACGCAGCUCAUGAACAAGGAGCCCCAAUUUGCCGCCAGUCUGGCCCAGGACUUCGGUACCGAGGUGCGUGCUCAGCAGAAGCGUAAGGCCAAGGACGCCUACAACCAGCUCCUUGAGGGUCUUCUGGGAGCUCCCCUUACCAUUCUCUACGCCUCUGACAAUGGCAACGCCACCUCUUUGGCUAAGAGACUUGGUAACAGAGGCCGUGCUCGCGGUCUAAAGACCACUGUUUUGGCCAUGGAGGACUAUCCGCUCGAGGAUCUUCCCACCGAGGAGAACAUCGUCUUCCUAACCUCCACUGCUGGUCAAGGAGAGUUCCCUCAAAACGGUCUCGCUUUCUGGGAGGCUGUCAAGGACAACACCAAUCUCGAUCUUGCCACCGUCAACUACUCCAUUUUUGGUCUCGGUGAUAGCCACUACUGGCCCCGCAAGGAGGACAAAAUUUAUUACAAUAAGCCCGCGAAGGACCUGGACCGUGUUUUGACGAAUCUUGGUGGCAAGCGCCUGGCUGCUAUCGGCCUCGGUGACGACCAGGACCCUGAUGCCUACCAUACGGGCUAUGCUGAGUGGGAGCCCAAGAUUUGGCAGGCUCUCGGCGUUGACAACGUCGAUGGGCUCCCUGAUGAGCCCCCGCCUAUCACCAACGAGGACAUUAAGCUGGCCUCUAACUUCCUCCGCGGUACCAUCCUCGAGGGACUCGCAGAUCCUUCUACUGGCGCCAUCUCUGCUGCUGACCAGCAACUCACCAAAUUCCACGGUACUUACAUGCAGGAUGACCGUGAUGUUCGUGAUGAAAGAAAGGCCCAGGGUCUCGAGCCCGCCUACUCUUUCAUGAUUCGAUGCCGUUUGCCUGGUGGUGUUUCUACCCCCAAGCAGUGGGUUCAAAUGGAUGACAUUGCCAACGAACUUGGCAACGAGACGAUGAAGCUCACCACUCGCCAGACCUUCCAGUUCCACGGCGUCGUCAAGGGCAAGCUUAAGCCUGCCAUGCAGGCCAUCAACCGUGCUCUGAUGACUACCAUUGCCGCUUGCGGUGACGUGAACCGCAACGUCAUGUGCAGCUCCCUACCCACGCAGUCCAAGUACCACCGUCAAGUCUUUGCCUGCUCUCAGAAGAUCAGCGACCACCUGCUACCCUCAACCAACGCCUACCACGAGAUUUGGUUGACGGAUGACGAUAACAAGAAGACACAGGUCGCGGGCGAAGCUGUCCAGGACUUUGAGCCCUUGUACGGACCUACCUACUUGCCCCGAAAGUUUAAGAUUACCAUUGCUAUCCCUCCCCACAACGACACCGACGUCUACGCGCACGAUAUUGGUCUGAUUGCCAUCAAGGGUGAGGACGGUAACCUGAUUGGCUUCAACGUGCUAGCUGGUGGUGGCAUGGGCGCCACGCACAACAACAAGAAGACUUAUCCCCAGGUUGGCCGUAUGUUUGGCUACUGCAAGACUGAGGAUGUGCACAUUGCCUGCGAGAAGAUAAUGCUCGUUCAGCGUGACCACGGUGACCGCAAGAACCGCAAGCACGCCCGCCUCAAGUACACUAUUGAUGAUAUGGGCGUCGACGUUUUCCGCAGUAAGGUUGAGGAGCUCUGGGGCAAGAAAUUCGAAGCUGAGCGGCCGUUCGAAUUCAAGUCCAACGUCGACACCUUUGGUUGGGUCAAGGACGAGACGGGCCUGAACCACUUUACCUUCUUCAUCGAGAACGGACGUAUUGAGGAUACACCCGAGUUCCAGAUGAAGACAGGUCUGCGCGAGAUUGCCAAGGUCCACAAGGGCGAGUUCCGCCUCACUGGCAACCAGCAUCUCAUCCUCAGCAAUGUCGCAGACGAGGACCUCGACACCCUCAAAGCACUGAUGAAGAAUUACAAGCUCGACAACGUCCAGUUCUCGGGCCUGCGACUGAGCUCCUCGGCAUGCGUUGCGUUCCCGACCUGUGGCCUGGCUAUGGCCGAGUCGGAACGGUACCUUCCAGUGCUGAUCACCAAGCUCGAGUCGUGCCUCGAGGAGGCUGGGCUCCGCCGCGACUCCAUCGUCAUGCGCAUGACGGGCUGCCCCAACGGCUGUGCGCGCCCCUGGCUCGCCGAGGUCGCCUUCGUCGGCAAGGCCUACGGCGCGUACAACAUGUACCUCGGCGGCGGCUACCACGGUCAGCGCCUCAACAAGCUCUAUCGCUCCAGCAUCAAGGAGGACGAGAUUCUCGCCGUCAUGCGGCCUCUCUUGAAGCGCUACGCCGCCGAGCGCGAGGACGCCGAGCGGUUCGGCGACUUUUGCAUCCGCGUCGGCGUCAUCAAGGCGACGACUGAUGGUCAAAACUUUCACGAGGGCGUGGCCGAGGAGGAUGAGGAGGAUGAGUAG